AUGACCCUUAACCUCCACACGGUGGCAACCAGCUACUUCGACAAGCUCUUCGGCGGCGAUGACAAGGGCAAGGUCUUGCUCGUCGACAAGCACACCGUGCCCGUGAUCCUGAUGUGCUACACCCAGACGGAAUUGCUCGAGCACGAGGUGGUGCUUGUGGAAACCAUCGACAACGUCGGCAGCUUGGCCGUGAUGAAAAACUUGAAUUGUGUCGUGUAUAUCAAGCCCACGCAGGAGCUGAUUGGCUACUUGGCCCGGGAACUCGCUAGGCCCCACUACGGCCCCCAUUACCGGGUGUUUUUCUCCAACUGUGUCCUGAAGCCCCACCUCGAGAAACUCGCCCAGGCCGACGAGUUUGAAGUGGUGGACCAGGUGUGCGAGGUGUUUAACGACUACUUGACGGUCAACGAUAACUUGUUCUCGCUUGGCCGCCGCGAAUUGUCGACGUUGGACGAAAGCAACCACGUCAUCAGCGUGCUCUUAGCGCUCAAACAGUGUCCCGUGAUCAAGUACCAAACCCUGCUGAUUGAGCUCCGCCGCCUCGCGCUGGAGAUCGUCUACAACAUCAACUCCAACUCCAACAAUAACCUCUUUGACGACGCUAACCCGCACAGCGACCGCCCGCCGGUGCUCCUUUUGCUCGACCGCAAACACGACGCCAUCACCCCCCUCUUGGCGCCGUGGACGUACCAGCUGAUGCUCCAUGAAUACAUCGGCAUCGAGGGCAACAUGGUGAAAGUGGGCGACGAGGCGUUUACUUUGAGUCAGCAUCAGGACAAGUUCUUUUCCGAGCUGAUGUACUUAAACUACGGGGACUUGACGGAGAAAUUCCAGCGGUACGUCGAACAGUAUAAGCUGGAGACCCAGGCGACGUCUCUCGACAACUUACGCACCCAGCUGUUGACGGAAUUGAAAAAGCUGUUGGCUAAGUUCCCCGAGUUCCGUAAAUUGCUGGGCAAUAUCUUGAAGCAUUUGGCGCUUAUCGGUGAGUUAGACCGUCAGAUCCAAGUGCAGGACAUGUGGGAGAUCGGUGAGCUCCAGCAGACGCUUGUGGGCGACUUAGAGACCCAGGCGCUGUUACGUCCGCAGAUGAACACUGUGCUCGAAAACCCACAAGUGCUGACGGUAAACAAGGUGAAGUUGAUCCUCUUAUACAGUGUGCGGUUCCCCGAUAGCCACCAGGACCUCGGCGGGUUCGUCCAGCGGCUCCAGGACUCGCAAAUGACUCCUGAAGCACCCACCAUGUCACAGAUGACCCUCAUCAAACGGUUUGCCACGAUGUUCCCCCACGCUUCAGCCCGGCUGAAUACUGCGUCACAAGAAACCGGGGGGAUCACCAACUUGUUCACCAACAAAAAGCUCACGUUCAACUCGUUUUUCGCCCCCAAGGCCCAGCACAACGACAACAUCUACAUGCAAUACGUCCCCCAACUCCACCGGUUAUUGGCCGAGCUCAUUCUGCCGCAGCCUGCUCAGCAGACGACGCCGCAGAUCCACGAUUACUCGACGUUGGUGCCCGACAACUUGCAGGCCAAGUACGGCACUCAGGCGGCCCAAUUGGCGGGAGAAGUGCAAAAUAUCAUCAUUUAUAUUCGCGGCGGGGUUACCUACGAAGAAGCCAGGCUUGUCCAUGAGCUUAGCGCCUCCAACAGCGGUUUGAACAUCGUCAUUGGUGGCGAUCGCUUGCUCAAUAGCGACCAGUGGCUCGACCAGAUGUACGAUAUGGUUAAUUCUCAAGCCCAUGCGACUCAGCCGGAGGUAGACCGUCAGGCAGCGUUGCGGGAGAUCUUAUGA